AACAUCAUUGUUUUAGUUAUGUCGUGUGACAAAGUGGAAAUGAACGCACGAGAUUUUUGUACCACCUGCGACCUUCUACAAGGAGAAAUGGACAAAUGUGAUUUGAGAGAAGAAUUAAUCUCGUUAGGAUAUUUAACAAACCAGUUGCAACCAAAAUGUUCGGCUGCUGGUUUCUUUACUGUUAACCAACUAAUCUUAGGCGGUUUAUUUUCUUCUGUUAUAUCUUAUUUAAUUGUUUCUAUUCAGUUCAAUGUAAGCCUAAAGUAAAAUAUA